AUGGAGAAGGAAAGCACUGGUUCGACAGGAAGCGGCGCUGUCAAUCGCGAAGUGGCGCUGGAGAAAAUAUUAGCAGAGGAAGUGGCAAAGCGAUGUGAAGCAGAGCGAGAGGCAGAGGAAUUGCGGAGACAGAUGCAGCUGCUGGAAGCAGAAGUCCUUGAUCUGCGACGAGCCCGCGGCGCAAAGAAGGGUUUUGUUUUAUGCACAUCUGCUGGCCACGAAGGCGCCGCCGCACCAACUGCUCGUGAUGCGGAUUGUACAGAAAAUGGAGGCUCUGCGCUUCACAAUGAGAUUAAUCGGCUGAGGCAGUGUGUGAAGCGGCAAAAUGCCCUUAUCGAUGUUCUGCGCCGGCAAAAAGUUCUCCUUGAAGCUAGCGCCGCUAUCAAUAUAUCUGUGCGCGACUUUAACAAGCAGCUGGAAAUCCACAAGGUAUAG